AAGCUGUUGCAAGGAGAAACUCAAUACAAAAACAACCAGUACAACAUGUUUUUAGGGCUCAUUUUCUGCCUCUCUCUGAAUUUGUUCUUUGCACAAACACAUCAACAGGAAUCAUCAUCUAGUGGCAUAAACCUUGAGAUGUCAAAACUUAUGGCCAGAAUGAAAUACAUUGCUCGAAGCUGCAAAGAAAUUCGUGACAAGUUUCAUGUUUCUGAGGAUGGCCUGUACUAUCUGAUCUCUUCAAGAGGAGUCCUUUACCAGACGUUCUGUGACAUGACCACUGCAGGCGGCGGCUGGACGCUGGUGGCCAGUGUUCAUGAAAACAACAUGUAUGGAAAGUGUACAGUUGGUGACCGCUGGUCUAGUGAACAGGGCAGCAAUGAAAACCGGCCUGAAGGUGAAGGCACAUGGGCAAACAAAGUCACAUUUGGAGCCGCAGAGGCCGCUACAAGUGACGAUUACAAGAAUCCUGGAUACUAUGACAUUGCAGCCCAGGAUGUUUCUGUGUGGCAUGUUCCUAAUAAUAUGGAGUUGGAACACUGGAGCCCUGGCUCCAUCCUCAGAUACCACACUGAAAAUCACUUUCUAUCCCUACAUGGAGGAAACCUAUUCAAAUUAUUUAAGAAAUUCCCUGUGAGGUUUGGAAUCGGCUCCUGUAACAUUGAUAAUGGACCUGCUGUCCCAAUCGUGUAUGAUACUGGAAAUGAUGAAUCUACCAAAAAACUGUAUGGUCCUAAUUCAAGAGAAAUAUUUGAGCCUGGAUUCAUCACAUUCAGAGUCUUCAAUACUGAGAAGGCAGCCAUGGCUUUUUGUUCCGGUGUUAAACCAAUUGGUUGUCACACUGAACAUUUCUGUAUUGGUGGAGGUGGACAUUUUCCUGAAUCUCCUAUACAGUGUGGUGACUUUACAAGUUUUGACUGGAAUGGCUAUGGCACUAAUACAGAAUGGAGUGCUUCCAGAGAGAUAACUGAAGCAGCGGUGCUUCUCUUUUAUCGCUGACAGAUCAAACCUUUCUUUCCUUUGUUUGUAAUUCACAGUUUUCCAUUUAGCAAGUGGAGAGUUUAGACGCAAAAGCCGCUAAACGCCAUUUCCAAAAAUGAGCUAAUGACAUUGAGUGAAUGCUUUAGGCAUGUAGUACAUGUUCAACACAUAGUUUUGUUUGAAACCAUCUAAAUCCCCGCUAAACGCCACUUGCCUUGAGAGACACACCGCGUAACCAACCACUUCACUUACCGAUCGUCCCAUACCCCACGACACUCCAUCCCCAUACUAUAGCAACAUUAAACAGCAACUCCAUUUCACGUAAGACGAAGUUAAGAGGCCAUUCUUUUAUCCUGCAUGGCUGCUAUGAGGAUAAACAAGAGACGAAAAAGAGAUCUUGAGUAUAGUGAGGAUGAAAAAAUGACAGCUCCUGAAAGACAUCCUCUUUUUUUUGCACACUAGGCCUACCUUGUGUUUUAUUUGCUAAUGCAAGCAAGAUAAAUAUAAUGUAUAAACCUAUGCAUUAUUUACAUAACUUCAAUAAAUUACUUUUUAUAUUAAUGGACAAUGCGCAGAUAUUGAUGUUUCACAAUGUUUUUACACUACAUUAUUUGAAUCUAACAAGCUUGUUACACUGCUCUACUUACAUUAAAUCUAAAUCUCAAAUCUCAGAAAUGACAACAGAUUGUUAAGAUUUAAUUAAUGUCAAUUUUAAUGUUAUUGAUUAAUGCAUUUGACAGAUUUCAUUCAUUCAUUUUCCUUCUGCUUUUUCCCUGGUUUAUCAGGGGUUACCACAGCGGAAUGAACUGCCGCUUGCUUAAAAGAUGUAUUUUUAAUUUCAGGUGGUUUGUGUAAUGUGUUUUAUGUUUGGUAAAUUAAUCUCUAAUUGCAUCUUUAGUGAUUUUCAACUAAUUACACUGUCUUGUCCUGAUAGGUGGAUUUAGAGGUUUUUGCAAAAAAAGCACAAGUGGAUUUAGCUGGUUUUGAUGCAAAAGAAAAUUAACCUUGUUAAAAACCAAAGAAUUGUCCAAAGUGACAUUUUUGAAAAAAAAAAGUUAUUUUAUUUACUACCUAAUAACCUUUUCGUUAAAUAUAAAAUGAAACUUCUAAACCUAAUCAGAGAAAAUGAUAGAAAAUGCUGAUAGAAAAUGCUCAUUUACAAGAAAUGAGGUCUAAUGGAUUUAGAGGGUUUUGCAUCUGAACUCUUCAAGUGUCUUUUUCUAGUUUUAAACUCAUAUUCAGUACAUUAUAAUUUUAAACACUACACAUGAUUCUCCUUAUAACUGUCCUUAAUGGAAAUAUAUAUAACACCAAAAUAAAAUCUAAAUUGCCUGUUUUAAUUCACAAACAUUCAUUCAUUAGUUUUCCCUCGGCUUACUACCUUAUUUAUCUGUCUAUCAUAAAUCUAAUCAUCCGUCCGUCCGU